AGACACUGCGAUUGGCUUCUCCUUAGGACACGUGCUGGCUGUCUGUAGGCAGAUAUUGUAUUUGGUUUACAUUGAGUCAGCUGGAGACACGUUACAACUAAACGGGUCAGCAAAGAUGAAGCAGCUGGGACUGAACCAACCCUGUAAUAUCUGCUGGUUCGUCUUUCUUAUCUCUUUCUGUGUCACAGGCACCUCUACACAAAGUGUCAAUUUGACCCAGGCUCCAGGUUUUCCAAUUGCAUUGAUUACCAAAGAAAUAGAGAUAAAAUGUGAGGUGAAGGGAACAACAACGGACAAUCUACGGGUCUGCUGGUACAGAGAGACAUCCAAAAAAGAACAGCUGGAGUUUCUUGUAUGUACCACUUUUGGCCCAAAGGAAAGCUAUACAUAUGGCAUCUUUAGCCAGAGCCGAUUGGACAUGAAGAAGAACAAUUUCCCAAUCUCAUAUACAAUGAAGAUAAAAGAUCUUCAGCACUCAGACAGUGGAGCCUAUUUCUGCAUGGUGGACAUGGGACAAAAGCUCUCCUUUGGAAAUGGAACAUACCUGACAGUUGUUGAGACUCUUCCUACUACUGCCCCACCAACAACCCAGAAACCUAAAUGCAAUUGCAGAAAAAGGAAAAUUUCAAAGGAAUCCCCACCAGGUUUGUCUUGUAGUCCGGUCAUCUGGGCCCCUGUGGCAGGAUUUGCUGUUACCCUUAUGAUAGGGCUAUAUUUCCUGGCAUCCCAUACAUAUCGUGUGUACAAGAGGACGCACAUGUACUUCAGAAAGUACUCCCCAAAAUGACACAAUCAACUGUGCUCGAAGAAGAUAUUCUAUCAAUGGUUACCACUAUAUGGAGUUUAAUCAGGAGACCAAGUGUAUAUACCAUAUGUACAAAUGUAUGUGUCCUUAUACAAGAACAAAACUUCCAUGGAAGUAAAACAGACUUUAUAACUGUUGUACUUGAAACAGCACUGAGCAACACGGAGAAGCAAUGUAGCAUCUAGCUACCACAAUCAGCAAAUGAACUACCAUGGCUCAAAAAAAAAUAACUUUCUACAGUAUGACAGUGCUUUUUCAACAUUACCUGUAGGAAGAUCCAGUAAAGCACGGGGAGAACACAGACUGUGCAGAUAUGUCCAGGUCAGUAAUUGACCCAGGACUUCAAUGCUUCACUGUUAACCAGGAGGUCAACAUGCUGCCCACAAUAAAACAGCCAGAAAACAUGGAGGACACAGCAAAAAAUGACAGUAGAAAUAAAAUGUAGGAUAUUUUAAUCUCAAAGGAUAUUAUUUUUUUCUUUCUCAAAAAGAGAUGGAGCUGUUGAUGUAAAUAUACAUGUUUGGCUAAUUCCAUGACUUUAGCCAGAAAAUUAUAAUGUUCAACUAGUACAUGAUGACAGUUCUCAUGGAGUGCAAAAGGAAGGGGGCAAACCUAAAACUGGCUGUACACUAGUGGAAUUUUGAGCAAAAACUAUCAUGGACUUGACCAAACAAAAACCACAUACACUGUUUGAAAUUCAUACAUUCGAGAAAAAUUUUCCAUCCUGCUUCUUUGAAUUUUCUCAUCAGUACAGUCGAAAAUGAACACCCAUUUGGCCCCACUAAUGCUUAGAAAAA